AUGGCUCAAGGAUCUGCAUCACCACACCACUACCCUCUGGUCAAGCUGCCUCAUCCGUUCCUCACCUCAUACCGAGUCGAUGUUGUCUCGUCCAAUUUUCCUGCCAGACGAGUAUUGCACCUAGAGGAGCAGCCUCUCAAGGGAAAGGCGCCAGCUGAAGUAUUGCAUUCAGACUCAUUGACAUGGCUGGAUCUGCACACGACAGCCAAAGAGUCACAUCCUCCACUCAACGAUAACAGUGAUUGGGCUCGUGCUGUUCGCGGUCCGCAAACCACCUUCAAAUGGUCUGACAGUACUGUUCCUUCCCUUGGCCAGGUGUGGAGCGUUGUCCAUGCGAUCUACCUCGCCUAUCCCAACAGUGAGCACUUCCGUUUGACACUGCAAGGUGCAGGCAAACAAACCCUACGCGACGAGCUGCUGGCCACUGGUCUUGCAAUUGAACAUCCCAGAGCAUGGCAUCUGCCAAUUGAGUCCAUCCCUCGCAGUGAUGAGCUCCUCAUUCUACGUAGCUCUUUCUGGCAAGGUGCUGCAUCGCCCGCUGGUCCUCGCCCUAUCUGGAUCCUAGGUGAUGGCAUCGACUCACACCUUCGCACAUCUCUCUCGAAUUACCCCUUGAUGCCGGAAAACCACCACUUUACUAUGAAAUUUCCUAACGAGCGCAUCUACGCCCGGCACCCCGUGCGUCGUCCUAAACCCGCACCUCAAAGCAUCUGCUACUCACGCUACAUCCCCGAAGUCGAUCAACACUUCUCUCUCGAAGUUGUCGACUGGACAAACGCCGAACACCUCAAUCUCUUCCACACGUGGCAGAAUGACCCUCGUGUUGCAAAAGGAUGGAAUGAAACGGGAGACCUCGAGCAUCAUCGCAACUACCUCAGAAACCUGCACUAUGACCCUCAUGUCUUGUGCUUGUUUGGUCGCUUCGACGAUACAAGAUUCAGCUACUAUGAGUUGUAUUGGGCAAAGGAAGAUCACUACGGCGCCCACUUUGAUGCUGGGAACUACGACCGUGGCCGCCAUUCCCUCGUCGGCGACUCAUCUUUCCGCGGUGCCAAGCGAGUAAAUGCUUGGUACAGCAGUUGCAUCCACUAUUGUUUUCUGGAUGAUCCUCGCACUGCCAAUGUGGUUGGCGAGCCCAAAGCUUCGGGAAGCAUCAUCCUGAGCUAUGAGCAGAGUCAAGGUCUAGCUAUUGGCAAGUUCGUGGAUCUGGGACAUAAGAGGAGUGUGCAUAGUAUUGCGAGCAGGGAGAAGUGGUUCCAACUGUGUCCAGUGUUUUGGGACGGGAGGGAGAGACCUUUGGAGAGUGCUGAUCGGGCUGCUUGGGCUGCCAAGUUGUAA